UAAUGUUUAAUGUCACUUUGGCAGUAAUUCGAAAUUUGUUUGAAUUGUAAAAAUAUAAUCCUAUGUUUAUUAUAUUUUUAAUUUAAAUUUAUCUAAAUUUCAAUUGUAUUUUAUUAAGCUUACAAUCAGAAAAUGGCUAAGGAAGAGACAAUGUGCACGCAACUUCAACAAUGGAGUCCAGUAAAGGAGACAGCAGGAGGUCCCAGUGUCCCGCCACAAGUGGGCUAUUGUUUCCAUUCACCAAAAAAACACCCUUGGAGACCUAUAAUGGGCUAUGAAGAAAUUGAAGUUACCCCAAUGCCAUCGCAGCCUAUAACAAACACCAUGGUGGACCCGUGCUACACGCCAGCCGGCAUGGCGGCCGAGCCGCUCCGGUUCCCGAACCUAGUGACCGGCUUCGACCGCAGCCCCGAGCACGCGGCCCGAGCAGCUCUCUAUACGAGAUACACGCAGUACGAGUGGAACCAGAACACCAUCAAGAACUACAAUGAGUCGGACGCGAAGAGGAAUUUUUCUGAAAGAGUCAGGAACGACAUUAUGCGGGUGUUAAGGGAAACCGACGAAAUUGGUACCCAAGGACAAAGGGACUCCGGGCGGAGAAUUGGCGAAAGAAUAACAGACACUACGUUUUGGAGGAACGAGGUCUCUAUCGAGAUGGAACGCUUGGUUGCGACCUGCGAAAAGCUGAGCGACACCCGCCGACAGCUGGAGCGAGCCAUCGCCGGCAUCGAGGGGCCUCUUCACAUUGUCCAGGAGUGUCUCUAUCACCGGGAGAAAAGACAAGGUUUGGAGCAAGUGCACGACACGGUGGAGCAGUCCCUCCUGAAAGAGGUCGCCUUGCUGCGAGAGUGCCAGGACAAGUUUCGCAGCAUGCUUGAAAAGGUACGGCAGCAGUCCAAGAACUGCCGCGCGACGCAACACGAGCUGGAGACCGACAUGCGCAACAAGGAGUAUGCGCUCGGGAUCGACUCCAUGUGUCACCAGCUCAAUAAUUUUUCGAAGGGGCUACAGUACUACGCCGGCAUCGAGCGGUACGACCCCACGGUGUGCGACGCCGCGCGCUGGGCCGCCGCCAGCGCCGCCACCCUGCAGCGCUCGCAGUCCGAGCGGGCCAAGGCCAUGCAGAUGCUCUCCGAUACGGAGAACCUGAUCAGCGUGUCUGCGACCCAGAUCUGGGACCAGUGGAGCAACACGAACAGCGCCUUCACCAGGCGCAUCGCAGAAACUAUAGAGAUCAAGAACAAACUUCAACUGCACCUGCACAAGAUCCAACAAGAAAUAUUUGAUGUCGAAAAGACUCUGGCACUGUUGAACAAGGCAAUCGAAGACAAGUUGCAGCCGCUGAAGGUGGCGCACACGAGGCUGCAGGCCAGGACCAACAGGCCUCACCUGGAGAAGUGUCGGGACGAGGCUCAGAACAGGCUGGUGCAGGAGACGUGCGACCUGCAGCAGGCCAUGGAGACAGUGCGCGCGCGGCUGGCCACGGCGGAGGGCACGCACCAGAGCCUACUGGGCGUGCGCGCCGGGCUGGAGGCCGAGCUGCGCAACAAGGCCGCCACGCUGUUCAUCGACCGCGACCAGUGCAUGGGCCUGCGACGCGGCUACCCCGUCACCGCCGCCAUCAAGCCGUGACACCAUCGUGCCGGCUUCAUCAUUACACUAAAUAUUUUAUUUCCCUUUAAACCUCUCUAUCUUGUUGCACAAAUGUUUAUUGACACAACGAUCAUGAAUAAUUUUAUCAAUAGAAAAAACAUGCUGCCCAUUUAAUUAUAUUUAAAAAAAUUAUGAUAUUGUUGUGGGAAAUUGUGUUUAUUUGUAAUAUCGUUUGUUCUUUUUUGUCUAAAUUUAAAUAAAACAAAUUUAUUAAAAAAUA